AUGGAGGACAUUACACUGACCCUGGAAGGUCCGGAGGACAUUACACUGACCCUGGAAGGUCCGGAAGUGGGAGACGUCGGUCCCAAAGACAACGACAUUAGAAAGAUCCUGUCACAGCUGAACCAGGAGCUGCAGGAGAUGGAAGAGAUGUUUGCGGACAACAACAUUUACAGACAGAGGGACCUUCAACCACCCACCUGGUCCAGCAGCGAGGUCCAGACACAGGCCUGGUCCAGCAGCGAAGUCCAGACACAGACUCGGGCCUGGUCCAGCAGCGAGGUCCAGACUCAGGCCUUGUCCACCUGCAAGGUCCAGACGCAGACUCAGGCCUGGUCCACCAGCGAGGUCCAGACAGAGACUCAGGCCUGGUCCAGGAGCGAGGUCCAGACUCAGGCCUUGUCCAGCUGCGAGGCCCAAACACAGACUCAGGCCUGGUCCACCUGCGAGGCCCAGACACAGACUCAGGCCUGGUCCAUCUGCGAGGCCCAGACACAGACUCAGACCUUGUCCACCUGCGAGGUCCAGACACAGACUCAGGCCUUGUCCAGCAGCGAGGUCCAGACACAGACUCAGGCCAGGUCCAGCAGCAAGGUCCAGACUCAGACAGAGGACCAGCCAGACUCCAAAAAUGGGUAUGAGGAAUUUGAGUGUGCGAUGAGGUGUAUGCAAUUUAAAGAGGCCAAGUUUAACGCAGAGUUGGAGCUAGCAAGAGAAAAGUUAGCACAGAAGGAGAAAGAGAAUCAGGAGGUUUGUGAGAAACUGAUGCAGCUGCAAAGUUUGAACCUCAGUCUGGAGAAGCAUCUGGAACAAGCCAACAAGAACUCACGCAAACAUGAGUCUGAACGUCAGGAGGCUUGUGAGAAGUUGAAAGAGCUGCAACUCUCACAUGAGAAAGAGCUUCAAGAAAACUUUGAGGAGCUUAGGGUUUUAAAGCAGUCUUUAGAAGAGCUGGACUCAUUUGGAAAAAGUUUAGAGAAACAGAUAAGUGAGAAUGCAAAACAAAGCCAGAAGAUUGAGAUGCAGAAUCAAAAUCUGGAGAAAGAGCUGCAACUUUUACAGAUGAAAGUGGAAACGCAGUGUGAAGACCAGAUCUCAGUUGGCACAAAACCACAGAGUUCAGCUGAGCAGAAGAUCGAGAUGCUUGAACGGCAACUGAAGGAGUUUGAGGACGUAAAAGAGGAGUAUAUUUGGUGUGUGGAGCAGAAUCAAAGUCUGAAGAAAGAGCUGGAACAAGCCAAAGAAACCUCACGGAAACAUGAGGCUGAACAUAAGGAGGCUUGUGAGAAAUUGAUGGAACAAAAACUGUUACAGACGAAAGCGUUCGACGAUCACCUCGAGGAGUUGAGCGUUUUCAAGGACGGUUUCAAACAACAGGUGGAAGCUCGCAGACGUUUGGAGCAACAAGUAAGCGAGGCCGCCCCCCAGAAGAAGCCGUCUAUGUGUGAAACGCAGACGCAAACGGUGGCCAGUGUGGAGAUGCUAACAAAUCUAAAAGCCGUGAAGGUUGAGACCUCUACCUCCAAUGUACCAACGCAGAAUCUGGAUCAAACAACAAGGGCCUUAUUUGAGAUACCACAGACGAGUGCAGAUGAGUCCAGACCUCAGCGUUGGAAGGAUGACUGCACAGAGCUCAAGAAAAAUGUGAAAAAUCUAACAGAAUUAUUUGAACGUAAACUUGAGCAGGACACGCAGAAGCAGGGGCCCGAGCUGCAGAGGAACCGGGUCAAGGGGAAGAGCGCUUCGGCGCUGAUGAAAAAGUUUGAGUUUUAA